GCCAUGACAGAAAACUCUUUUGUGAGACUUUUAAUAUAGACAGGGUGUACAACAGCAGAUGAUAGUCUGGCCACAUAACAGUUUUUUAUGUAGUGUAAAGUUUAUUGUGUAGUGUAGAAGUGCUCACAGACCUUGGACAGCAUUUCUGAUCCCUUACCUGUGUUCCUAGGACAAUAUCUCAGUGUGUUGCUUGUGCUGGCUGGCUGGAGGUGCCUCUGGGCAAACAGAUGGUGUAUGGUGAGCUUUUAGGUAGGCAGUUGCAAGGCUGGAGGUAAGGAGGCUGCAGGAUGCUGGGGUUAGUGCUGAUCCUCAGGAGUUUGUUAGUCCUGCGUGCUUUCUCUGAGCUCUGGGGGUAGGAAUGAGGACUCGUGAUGGCCCAGGGAGUGUUGCUGAUGUGCUGCGAUGGCUGCCGUGGGACACGGGAAAAGGUGCCCUGAGAAGAAAGCAGAGAGUUUUCCCUGCAUUCACUCUGUCUGCAGGUGCCACGUGUAUUGAAGGAAAGCCUUUGAGGAGAGGGUUCCUGGAAGAACAUCCAACCUCGUUAACAAUGGCUGCUUGGUUGUCUUCUUGUGCUGCCGGUUUUCCCGAGAAACCAAGGCAGUUGGAAGACACGCUGUAUUUCUUGACUAAGUUUUGGUAGGGAGAGACUUGGGCAAGUGUAUGUAGAGCUCUGUGUGGAGGAGGCUUCUUGCAGAAAGCUUAGCAGCACAGUUUGCUUCCAACUGUGUGCUUUGUGCCUGUUAAAGCAGGCAUCCUCCUCCUCUGGGCUUUGAAGCCUGUGCUGACAGGGCAGGGAACACUUGGCUUGGGAUGCGUGUUCCGCUCCUUAUGGAUAUCAAAGAGGGUCCAAGCAAGUGAAGCCUGGCUGUGGGAGCUCCGUUGUGGCAGCAAGCUCCAUAAAUAAGCAGCAAGUAGGUGUGUGCUUAUGCUAGGAGUACGCAAAAAAAGAGAAGGAGCUGUCUGUGGAGGUUUCAGUUUUUGCUAAACAGUUGCGAGGGGAGUGGGCUGAAAUGGAGCGGUUCUGCGUUCUCAGCAUCAGUGAGAGCUGCAGUGAGAUCCCAGGUGUUUCUGUGUUAGUCCCUUCCCUGACAGUAGCAAGGUACCAUAGCAGGGUCCUCCUUCCUGCCCUGAAGUGGCCUUUGGUGGAUGGUUUUACACCAAUACCUUGCAUAAAGCCAAUAAACAAAUGUAAAACAUCCUGGCCCCCUUUUUUCUCUCAGAACCAAGAGCAUCUCACUUAACCAGCCUUGGUCAAGAAUGAGAUCCCUGAAAACAGUAUAAAUAUUCCAAGGGUAGGUCAUAAAUUCUAUAGGCAGUAACCCUUGUGUCUGAGCAUCUUUCCCACAAAGUCAGAUUUUACAAUCAAUUAUGGUAAUAGUAUAAGAGAAACUAUGACUUCAGGGCAGUGCCUGUACCUGCACAAUGGUUGAACUCUGUUGUUGUCUGAGAUUGGGGCAGGGAUUUGCUUCCAUGCUUUGCAUUUUCUCAUGUGUUCUGCCUAUCCCUAUGGAAGAUAACAGUAAUUUUAAAAAUCCAAGUCCACUUUUCCUUUCCAACUUCUUAAUAAAUCACGCCUGAGUCCUGCUGAGUUUUUAAAAGUGGAAGAAAUCAAAUAUACACACACUAUUUCAACAUACCGAGGGUGGGAGGGUGCCAAGUCUGCAGCAUUAGUGCUGAUCAGUGGCUGAAAUUAGCAUGAAAUGUUUUUGCAAACAGUUUACUUGCUGUCUGUGAGAAGUGGAUUGCUGGUCCCAGGCUCUGGGAAUCAGAGGUGGGGAGCAAGAGUCACCAAUAUUUUCCUGCCUGGUAGGUGGGAGGUGGAAUAGUUGCCUUCCUGAUUAUCUGAAAUCCACUGCUGGACCUAUGAUUUCAUCUGUUGAGUGGACGGAUCAUUUUGUGUAUUUUUAAGUUUGAUUUUGCUAAGCCUAUUUUGCCUUUUCACUAGCAAAAAAAUGGUGUGGGAAAAGUUUUUUCUCUUAUGUUAUGGAUGUAUGAUUUUGUCUCAAGCGACUGAAAAUCAGAGUACUGAACCAAAUUUAGCUUGGGAGUUGAUACAAGGAUUUAUGCAUAUUUGGAAUCAUACCAAUCAAGGAAUAUGUAUUAACCUCCCCAACUCAGCUUCAGAGGGGUUUAGAUUUAUGAUGAUUUGGUUAAAUUUUUCGGACAUAUUAACGAGAGAACUGGAUAACCUUAAAAAACCAGGAGGAAAUGUUACCUGGGGGAUGGUGGAGUCCCAGUUCCUAGACCAGAAAGGACAACAGUGGGAUGCAAAUGGGACAUGGGUAGAAUACAAGAACGCCUUUUACCAGCUCCCACGUGACUCUUCCUGGAGUGAUUUAUGGAAUCAGACAUGCUAUCGGUCAUUAGACACCAACCCUUCUGAGACAUUGCAAAAUGUCACUUCUAUCCCUUGCACAGUGGUACCGUGGUGGGAUUCUCCUGCUGAGGGUGGGUUUUUUGAACAUGAGUACAAUUUACAUUGGGAUGCAGGAUGGUGUAUACAAAUCCCAGAUAACCCAGGAACUGUGCACCAAGUUAACCGAACAAAUUAUGAGUGGGCCUGGUCUCUGAAACAAAUCUUUGACCCUAUAUCUACACUACAAUGGGCUUCCAGGGUGCCCACAGGGAAGAUAGUAGAAUGGGAAGUGGAGAAAUCAGACUGUAAGGACCAUCAGACCAUACUACCUAAUGGAGAGAGCAUCUGUUGGAAAGUGAGGAACCAUAGAAGCCUUACCCAAAGUAAAUCAGAGACCUCCUUUCUGAAUUGUUCCCGUAUAUUAGAUUGUACCACAGGAGCAGGUGAGCCUAUAGAAACCUGGUACAUCUCGGAGCUGAGAACUUUUAUCCGGGACAUGUGUACCUGUUGGGAUUAUCCCAACUACGGCUAUCUGAACCAAGACACCCGAUGCAAUGGGUCUUAUGAAAAUUCAGAGACAGCACUAUCCUGUGGCAUUCCCAUUACACAUGGCCCUGACCGAAGAAGGGUCUGGAAUUCAAGUAGCGAAGCACAGGAAGUUCCCCAAGGUGACCUGUAUCAGUGUUCACAAGCCAAAUAUCCAGCUCCACGGGGAACAGUAUGGGCAUGUUCAGAUGGGAAAAUGUAUUCCCACUUGAACAUGUAUGAUAUGGCUGGACUCCAGUGUACUAUUGGGUUUCCUACCAUGUGUCCAUCUAAAACGUUCAAUUAUACACUUUAUCGUAACAACAAAGUGCAGAGAGAAAUCCACAAACCAACAGAUGCAAAAGGGUGGAUUCGGGGCAUUCAAGUCCCUGACUAUUACACCUGGGGACAAAAUGUUGCCUUAGACUUAGAAUCAUUUUUUGUGUCCAGUGGAGUUACCCAACAGCACAAGUAUGUCUUGGAAAACUUAACUAGGCAAGUCCAUGUGUUAAAUAACUGGACUGGACGCUCACUCAGGGAACCGAAUGCGCAGGCCCCGCAGGCAUCGGAAAUGGCUUUGCAGAACCGAUUAGCCAUAGAUAUGUUGUUGUUGAAAGAGAAUGGAGUGUGUGGGAUGCUAAACCUAACGGCUGGAGAAUGCUGUGUCACUGUCCAUAACGCCACCACCACCAUAGAAGAGGCACGUCAGAAGAUGAAGGAGAUUGCUGAGCAAACGGGAGAACUGUUUCAAGCAAUGCAACUGAAAGACUAGUUUGAUGGACUGAGCCUGGAUUGUGGAUCACAUGUACUAAAGUGCCUUGGAUUUAUGGGAUGGGGAAGGUGGCUUGUGUGCAUUGACCUUAUGAUACCGUGUGGAUUCUUGGGUUUGAUGAUAGGUCAAGAAGUCAUGUCAAACUGUGAUGAGUUCAUUAUGGUUAUAGAGGAAAGGGAUAGGAUUUCUAGCACUGUAUAAUUCCAUACCAUUUGUGUCAUGGCAAGAUUGUGGUUGGAGCAGGAGGAAGUCAGGGGCUGGAAGCAGAAGGGUGGGAAUCUUUUGCUAUGCUCGGGCAUGUGCCUUUUCUGGUUUGGUGCUCAAAGACAGCGCCAGUGAGCCCAAGAGUUGGGGAGCUGCUCCGAGAAAAAGGAAAGAGAGAAAGCAGUAGCAUGGCAGUGCCCAGCUGAGCCGUGUGGAGCCCAGGCUUCAGCUGCUGUGACAGCAGCCACUGGAGCUGCUGCUGGAACCACCAAGCUCUCCAGUCCUGCUCCCACAAAGUUGGGCCUAGGAGGAGGGUCCUCUGACCUGCUUAGAGCCCUGUCAGGUUCCACCAGGUUUUGCCUUGUCCCUGUUCUCUACUGUUUUCAAUCUGAGUGGGGAAAGUUAAAUUGCAAGCCUUUCCAGCAUUCUGCUUUUGUUUUCCCAUAUACUCCAUGCUGCCCAGCACAGGGCCAGCCAUCAUUUUGCCUUAGUCUUGGAAAACCACACGGGAUGUGGUCUUUGAGAAGUGUUUCUGUUUGUUCAGUAGUGAAUAUCCUUUUGUGGGUAAAAAACUCUUUUGUACACUCUUUUAUUAAUAUUGUUGUGGUUAUUGCAAUUUUUCA